UCGUCUGUGGUCUGCGCCGACCGAGGCACAAGACCAGACCUGCAUCCAUCGCUGAGCGCCUGCGGAGCUGACCAGCACCUCCGCUGCCGCCCGCUGCCUUGGCCACCCACUUCGCACAUAAACACACGUCGUCUGCCAGGCCGCCUCGCCGCCCGCUCUCGAGCGCUGCAGUUCUCCGUGCUCGUCACUAUCGCUACCGCCCGUUACCAAGCACGCAGCACUCCCUUGCUUGAGACGACCCGCGGACCGCGUCCCACCAUGCACGACCCGUUCCCGUUCCCAUGUCCGGCCUGGUUACGCCAGCUCACCGAGCCCUUCGCAGACUACGUCUCGCUCCAUACUCUCCCGCUGCACAUCCAUGAAGUGCUCUUCGCCUUCUCUCUCUACUAUGCCGUUAACCUCAUCGUCGCGCCGGUGUUUUCACGCUAUUUCUUUCCGCGGACAUACAGCAGCCUCAAUGCCCGCACCAAGCUCAACUGGGAUGUGCACAUUGUGUCGUUCGUGCAAAGCACCAUCAUUUGCGUGCUCGCCCUCUGGGUCAUGGCGAAAGAUGAGGAGCGGAGCGAGAUGGACUGGGCUGGCAAGGUGCACGGCUAUACCGGUGCCGGAGGGCUGAUACAGGCGUUUGCGGGAGGGUAUUUCCUGUGGGAUCUCGUCAUCACGGUUCAGAACAUCAGCAUCUUUGGGCCGGGAAUGCUGGCGCACGCCGUCUCCGCCCUGUUCGUCUUCUCGCUUGGCUUUAGACCCUUUGUAAACUUCUACGGACCCACGUUUAUCCUAUAUGAGCUCUCGUCGCCCUUUCUGAACAUUCACUGGUUUUGCGAUAAGCUCAACAUGACUGGCUCGAAGCUUCAGUUGUACAACGGCAUCCUCCUGCUCGUCACCUUCUUUGGCUGCCGCCUCUGCUGGGGCUCCUACCAAUCUGUGCGCGUCUUCUCCGAUGUCUACCGCGCGAUCUCAGCCGGCGAGUUCGUCCUGGAGGACCCGGAGCUCGGCAAGCUCAACAACGGCACCACCAUCGAUCCCAGCGCCAUCCCGACAUCCGACAUUAUGCAGUUUGCUGGCGACCGCGCCGUCCCACUGUGGCUUGCGGGAUGCUACCUCUUGUCGAACUUCACACUCAAUGGCUUGAACUGGUUCUGGUUUGGUAAGAUGAUCGAAACGAUCAGGAAGCGAUUCGACCCGCCGCUUGGCACGAAGAAGCCCGAAGCGAAGGAGGCGGAGAAGGAGCAGGUACUCGUCGAAGGCAUCAGCCUGCAGUCACUGCCGCCAACACCCUAUGCGCAGACGAGUGGUACCGACGUGAAUGACUACAUUGGGGCGGUGAAGGUGGAGAAGAAAGCGAACCACCUAGAAAUUGAGCAAAUGGAAAUCCGGAAGAGGACUGGCGAAGACGGGAGAACAAUCAGCAGUGCGAGGGCUGCGUAGUGUGAUUGCGAGGCGAUAGGUUCUCAAUCUCGUUCAUUUCUUUUAUGCAUAGCAUGGGCGGAGAUGGUUUUACGACGGGGAUACUGCGGGCGUAAGUGUCUAAGAGAAGGUGCUUCUUCGUAAGGAUGGUACAUAGGGUUCGCGUAGCAGGAAGUGUUCUUCUGCUAUUAGCAAGUACAGGUUAGUUGGUUGGAUACCCAGCAAGCCUUCUGUAAUGCACAUGCAAUCAGAACAUUCAUCACACCACAGAGUGCAGAC